AUGUCCCUUGCCAAGAAGCGUAGCUGGUGUGACGAAACCAUGGAUCCACAACAGAGGCAGUUCGCCAGCUACAACUUCGACCCGCCGAAUUCAAUAUUUUGCAGCCCGGAAACUCUAAUGGAGUUAGUCCAGCAGGACUCUGGAGGAUGGAGCGAGAAGUCAGCGUUCAACACAACAAGGAAGAUACAGGGAGGAGUUCCGCGGUUCAAACUUAUUAGCAAUGCUCCGUCCCAGGAGCCUAACCAAGGCGAAUCUAAUCAGUCGUUCCCGAUGGACCCUAAUAAUAUGUUCAAUUUCAGUGACAACAUGGAACACCAACCAUUCCUGGGUCCUGCGGUAGCUCUUCCCUCCACGGCGAUGGCUAGCAAUCGGAAAGUUGAGAUGGAACUUAUCAACCCUUUCGCACGGAACCAGGACAGGAGACAUAAGUUUUCCAGAGAUAUUAUCAUACCACCGGUGGAUGGAGAAAUUAGCAGUUACAUAAAAGUAAAGCUUCGAGUACCUAAAAGUCAGAAUGAUGAUCAGAAUGCCUUACACGCUAAGCGUGGUUGCUCCAACUACCGAACGGUGAUUCCGCUACAUUCAGAAAGAUAUUCAUAUCCACGUCAAGUUAACAGAGGAAUUUCGGUUAUACCCUCAGCCAUUCCUCCGACUAUAGCCAUGCAUAGCGUCUUUGCUGAACAUCAGUUUGAUGGACAGUGCCUGAAAUUUUACCAAGCAGCAUUUUGUUCCGGAAGAACUCUUCUUGCUGGAACUAAUUUCUGGAUAAAAGAGAUAUUAGCCAUGGCCCAGCAUGACGAGUGUGUAAAGCACGCUGUGGUAGCUUUGAGCGGCAGUUAUUUACUGGAUUAUAACUCGCAGCAAGGCCUUCGUGACCGCGUCAACUAUCAUUAUGAUCAAGCUAAACAAAUGAUAAGCGUUGCCCUAAGAAGCAGGCAAAACCAAGACAUUGGUCAAGGUGACAACCUUGUUGCUGCUAUCAUGUUGCUUCUAGUGGACGAUACGUGCGGAACAAAAUUCAAUAAGAAAGAAGCUGAUGCAACUAAGUGCGUGAAUUGGGAGUUGCGUAUAAAUAACGCCGAACCUAACUGGAUAUUGGCUGCGAGGCUAGCCAAGUCCAUACUUGACAACUCGGACCCUGGGUACAGAUACUGGCGGCCUGAUAGCACCCAAUAUAGCGCUGCAAGACACGGCUAUGCGAAUUGGGUGGCUCUUGCAUGCAUUCUCAGCGAGCUUGUAACUCCAUUAGCAUCUCGAGGAAACCCGAAUGCGUAUGGUUGGCUCCUCGCAGGAACGCAAAAGGAGAGCUGGAAGAUCAACGGCGGUACUGGUCUUUGCCCCAAGUUACUUCAUAUAAUAUCACAAAUAACGAAUCUGUCUGUCUUGGUGAAGGAAGAUUCCUCCAUGGCGCCCAUCUAUGCAGCAAAAGUGAUCAGCAAAGGGCUGAAAACAUUCCACCAGUGGUCAGAACUUUCUGAUGGGUAUCCAAGUGCGGAAGAGCUGCUUCGAUCAUGCGACCUAGACAAAAAUGGAAAAGUACAGACAGCAACGAAAGUGACCGAGCUGACUGGAGAAUCUUGGGUUGCCGCCGCCCAAAUAUACCUCCACUGCCGACUGUUGAGGAUAGAAUGGAGGCUGAUAAUAGACGUAGAAAACCUCGCCAUCACCCAGAUGUCCAAAAAACAGCCAAAGUUUUAUGGAAAUGCGUCACCAUGA